AUAGAGGAAGCUGGUUUGCAUACGACUCAUACCAAGCAUACUCUGGAUGUCAGUGCAGUUAACUUGCAGCGGGCUGUGAGGAGAACUGGCGUAUCUUUGUCCUUGCAAAUCUUUCUGUUUUUUUCCCCUUUUGAAGUUUUAUAUUUCCAGUCUAAAUGGAAGCACUUAUAAUUUUUUAAACAUUUAAACAAUGGCUCACAAAAAUAGCUGUAAUACAGUCCUGCUCUAAAACUGUGGAAGGCUUGCAAAGAUUAUUCUUUUUGUCUCCUUUGUUUUGAUCGCUAAGGGCUGGGCCUUCAGCUUGAAAGAUUAGAAGGAGCCAGUGGAUAGCAGACAGUACUCUCUCUCUCCCUCUUGUCUGCCCUUGCGUGAAAGUAAACAAGUUGGUCUUUCUUUGCUAACCCAAUAAAUGGUAUUUACGAAGAUGGACCUGUUGAACUUCCAAUAUUUGGACAAGAUGAACAACAAUAUUGGCAUUUUGUGCUUUGGCACUGGUGAAGCAGCUUUGCGAGGUGAGCCUAGAAUGCAACACAUUCCCAUACCGUCUGCUGUCACCAGCCAUCGGACUGGGCCACCUCCUAUUAGCCCCAUCAAGAGGAAGUUCAGUGGGGAACAUGGAGAUGACGAGCUGGAGUGUGACGAGCAUUCCUCCAAAAUUAGCCGAAUGUUCACUUCUCAGCCGAGUAAGACUGCAAAUGGUGAUUAUCGAAUGGAACAUCGAGACCGAAGCCGUAGCCCAUUAGAACGUGUAACAGUACCAGCAAUGAGCCACCUCACAAGUCAUUUAUAUUCAGCUUUUGCAACGGAUCAGCCUUUAGCAUUGACCAAAAACAGCAUGGAUUUAAGCAGAGCAUCUGCUCCCCCUUCGACUUUAAGCCCUGUGGAACGACAACAGAAUCGGCCUUCUGUCAUUACCUGUGCCCCUGCAAGCCAUCGAAACUGCAAUGUCUGCCCUGGUGUCCACAGUGGCUGUGGUUCAUCGAUGCCUGCCAACUACAGGAGACUUUCCAACUCGAGCACUGCCUGUGAUCCAGUUGUAGAAGAACACUUUCGUCGGAGCCUGGGGAAAAACUACAAGGAACCAGAACCAGUGACAAACUCAGUCUCUAUCACUGGAUCGGUAGAUGACCACUUUGCUAAAGCACUUGGAGAGACCUGGCUUCAAAUAAAGGCUGCAAAAGACAGUGCAGCCAGCAGUCCUGAGUCUGCUUCCCGGAGAAGCCAGUCUUCUCCUUCGUCCCACAUGGUCAGUCAUAGCCACUCCCCCUCUGUGGUCUCCUGAAGAGUGGACCAUCAUGCCAUUACUGGACAAACAUGAAUUGCAUGGUUUGACUCAGCUUUGAACAGUGCUUAAAACUGGGUGGGAUGGGAGGGAUUUUUUUAUUUCAAGAUAAAACAUUUGCAUUCUUGCUUAGCAUUUGCAAAAGGGUUUGCCCCAAAAUUGACAGAGACUGUUAAGUUUUAUAUGGUAAUACCCCAGUUUCAUGCCUCAGUAACCAAAGAAACCUUGGAUGCAAACUUUCUGCCCCUAAAAGAAAAAAAAAAAGCAAAGCUGAUUGGUUGACCCAAACUCAUUUUAUUUUCAUUUUAGUUUUGUUUUUUUCUUUGAGAGUAAAAAUUGUGUGGUUUAUUUCUUUAAGUUUUUUACAUAGUAAUCUCUGUUGUAUAUACAGUACUUGAAAGAAUAUUCACAUCUGAUUUGCACUAUUGGAGGUUAGUUGAGUUGCACUGCAACAUUUCAUGAAAUGUUCAUAUUUAGAGGGCAAACUGCUGAGGUAUGGAGUUCAAGCAAAUGAACAAAACAGGUGAAAAUGACUUUGGAUGUGAAGGUUUCAUAAGGUUAUAGCUCUUUCUUUAUAUUUUAGUGCUUGGUUGUGACUGGACUGAGUUAUGAUGAAAAUGUGGGCAUUUGCAGUUUAUUUGUAUAAAUUCUGCAGUUUGGUAGUGUAGAACUUUGAGAUUUGGGUGGAUCAAUAGUGCUUACAGAUGCAUGUUUUUUAUAAAAAAAAUAGCUGGUAUCUAUUAACAUAUCAACUGUAAGAAAACUGAGUACUAUUUAGCUUUACUUCAGAAUUAGUUUAUUUUUGUCAGUUAUGGCCCUAGCUAUACUUACUGCUGGUACAGUUGUUUUACUCAGUAACUUUUGUGCUUGGUAUUCACUUUGAUAGUAGCCAGCAAGGGAAAGGACAGCCUUAAGACAGGCCUCGUACGGAUCAGUUAAUGACCUCUAAUAGUGCGGGAUGCUAUAGCUUUGCAUGUGACAGAGAAUACAGUUAGUUAUGGGGCAGUCUCUCAGUGUGAGUUUGCUUACUGAAAGUCUGUGCAGUUAGUCUUUUUAAAGUGAAGAAACUGCUACAUCUCGGCAUAAUGACAUAUUGUUACAGUUUUCAAAAUAUGAUUGUUUUAUUUUUCUAAGUUAAUUGUAGAUCUGUGCCAUGGCAGCAUACAUUCCUCCAUUAGAAAACUUUGUACAGGUAUUACUAUGUUUAUUAAUGUUCACUUAUAGUAGCUACUAAAAUUAGAUUGUAGGGAUAGGUAAUACAAAAUACAGCUGUGCUCUUAUUACAGCAGCCUCUCAUAUUUGUACCUUAUCUUCAGUCACACGCAUACAUGUAUAUGUACACAGACACACAUCCAUACAUUCCGUCAUUACAGUUAUAAUUAUAUCUAGGGAGUUAUAAGUCUAUGGUUAUCCAUAGUACAUAUUUCAAUGCAUGGAGGUUGAGUCCUGUAAGACGAUGGCACUAAAUGGGGGAUAAUUUAUGGACUGCAUUACAGUUUUGGGUCCAGUCAGCAUUUAACCCAUAACUAUAUAUUUAAUUCAGAGGGUGCAACUCUUUAAUAAAUGCAGGCAAUUCAAAGUUAAAGAAUACUGCUGGGGGUGAUACUUAUUUAUACUGAAAGGUGACUGCGAUGUGAAUAUAAAAGUAAAAGCUCUAUAACAUUUCACUACCAUUUUACUGGGUAGUCAGUGCCCAUCUGCUUUGACUUCCAGUACCCUACUUUGUAGGAAAAAUCAUGGAAAAAAAAACAAAAAUACAAAAAAAGAACACUUUUUUUAUAUAGGUAACUUUAAGACCAUCAUUACGCUGUGCGUAAAGAAUGUACAGAAAAAUAAAUUUGUAGGUAUUUUUUGAGGAACAGAUAAUUUGUUAAUGAUAUGUAGCUAUUUAAUUUUCCCUGUCCCUUUAUUGUAAUCAUGCAGUUUUUUGAGAAAAAAAAGUUGAUCUUUUUUGUUGUAGAUUUGUCUGUAAUACAGUAAAAGUGCAGGAACACAGUUAAUCUAUUGGGACACUGCAUUGUUAAUAGCCACUAGUUUUUUUUAUUGCUAUGGGCUACUCAGCAUUGUAACAGUUAAACACUUAACACUGUCAUAGAGUCUCUCUGUGGAUGUCUUUUUUUUCUUUUGCAUUAAUAUUUUGUAUAAACAUCAUGUUUUUGAUAAAAUAAAUUAUCGCAUUUACUCAUCUGUGAUGGGUAAACUGAUUUUGGCAGCAAACCUUCUCAGACAUUUAAUGAGAUAUGCCCAUUAGAGGCAUGUAGCAGAUCUGAGCUUACAACAGCAUUGCAUUUGAGAUGGAAAGAACGCAGACUGCAGUUUUACCUGUAUGGGAGGAGUAAUGAAGACAAUUUACUCACAGAGCAAAGAUACCAACAGUGUACUUUCAUUAUCUUAAAUGUUUUUGUAAAUCUGUACAAUAUCUCUACUUUUUGUGGCCUUGUUUCACCUGAGAAAAAAAUAAAAAAGGUUUGGCAGGCCACCUUUUUGUAUUUAAAAGUAGCCUGAAAGAACAAUAAAGUGCUCUUAAAUCACAA